AUGGUAUUAAAACAGAACGGCGCUUCAAAAAAAAGAAAAAAAUUAGGAAGUUCAAAUAAGGUGAAGAAGAACAAUGGAGCUAAGCUAAAAAAGGGAUCACUACUGAAAAGGAAGAAAAAGAACAACAGCAGCAACAACGACAACAAAAAGGAGAAGGACAAAUUAGAUGAGCUGUACAAAUUGGAAAUUAAAAACUACAAAAAAAAGGGAAGGAAGGGAAAAAAGCACUAUGAUGGAAGUGAACAGGAAGUAGACUCCUCAGAUGAUAAUUCUGACCUUUUGAAUAAUGAGUACAGUGAUAUAGAAGAAAUAGCCUAUCAAGUUAAAGAGCAAGUUAGUUUAUAUAAAUUUUUGCUAAGAACGAGAAUAUUAACGCAGAAGGUUUUGUGCCUGUCGAAUAAACUGCCCCUUUUGUCAUUCGUUGCAUAUAAUGAAAAAUUAGCAGAUAAGGAAAAAAAAAAUAAAAACGGAGCUGUCGAAAGCGCAGAAAAUUGCACCAACGUUAACGAUUCGAUAAGGGAUGUACAGCUUAAUGAAGAAGAAUUAAAAAACGACAUUGCUCAACUGCUAACCGUGUUACAUAAUUUGCUAAAAAAUAGCUUCAUCAAGGUAGACAUUCCAGUAAAUGAAAACGCAUACAACGAAGUAAACAUAAUUUGUGAUGAAGAAGAUAAACCCUUUUUCGAAAAGAGGACAAAACUAUAUGAGCAAGAUACCACCGAAAGUGAAAAAAAACUCUUUUCACUAAUUGAUACAUGGUUUAAAUAUUCCAAAAAAAUGUGCCUAAACUUUUUUGACAUUAUGCAUAAAAUAACCAAAAUAAGUUCAGUGAAAAGUUUAAAAACGUAUGAGCAGCCUAUAUCUUCCCAAAUUAGUCAAGUCAUGUUUGAUCUGCCUGCCCUGAUUCAGAGUUCCUGUCCACAAACAAUAAACUAUCACGUUGUGGGGAAAGGGCUCUAUGAGCAUCUCUACGGUGAUGGGUCAAAUUUUAGCUUGAACCAAUACAUUUAUGACGACGAGCCUUACUACAAGAAGUUUCUCCUGAACGCCAUCCAGAAUUUGAAGGAUAAUCAGUAA